GGCGGCGGCGAAGACGAAGACCGGAGCCCUCCUUCUCCUGCCUGCCUCCCCGCUUGCCUGCCUUCUUUUGCCCGGCGGGCGUGAGGCGAGGCCCGGCUCCGAGCAGAGGCGAGGCCCGAGGCCCAGAGCGGGCCUUCUAGGCCAGGCCGCCAAGAUGGCGGCGCCGAGCAAGCAAUAUGGCCUCAUAUUCCCAAAGAAAGCACAACAGAAGACUUUUGUCAAACAUGCUGUCUUUAUGGAUGACUCUGAUGAGGAGUCCUCAGUGGGUGAGAGUCUUCAGCGGGAAGCCUUGAAAAAGCAAGCGAUGAAACAGACCAAGCUGGAGAUCCAGAGAGCCCUGGCCGAAGACUCCACGGUCUAUGAAUACGACAAUAUUUAUGAUGACAUACAGCAAAAGAAGGCAGAGAGUCAGGCCAGCGUGCUUGCAGGAAAAGGGGAAAAAAAGCCCAAGUACAUACAAAAUAUACUCAAAGCUGCCGAACUGAGGAAGAAGGAGCAAGAAAAGAGGAUGGAGAAGAAAAUCCAGAAGGAACGUGAAAUGGAAGGACACGCCUUUGAUGACAAGGAAGCCUUUGUAACGUCCGCCUACAAGAAGAAGCUGCAGGAAAGAGCCCAAGAGGAAGAGAGAGAGAAGAGGGAGGCUGAGAUUGAAGCAUGCCUGGAUGUGACCAAGCAGAGGGAUCUCAGUGGUUUUUAUCGGCAUUUCCUAAAUCAGGCCGUGGGGGAGGAAGCAGUGCCUGAAUGCAGCCUUCGUGAAGCCAGGUUGAAAGAAGAGGGACCUGAUGAGGAUCCUCGUGACUGCAAACAAACAAGACAAAAGGCAGAUGAUCCAACGAGCCCCUGCGUGCCUGCAAAGGGAGCAGAUAACCCCGAUGCAGACAGUGACUUGGGAAUGGAUAGUAGCGAUGACGAGGACACUGCUGAAGUACACACAGAGGGUAGAGCUGGUGAUGGAAAGGAGACCCAGAGACGCCGUUCGGAUUCCAGUGGGAACAGUUCCAAACAUCGCAAGAGCCAAAGAGACUCACGGUCGUCCAGUGAGGAGAGAAAACAUGGCUCGAAGACACCCCCAAGCCAUCCAGAGAGGCAGGAGGGAGGCAGAAAAGGUAAAAUGGAGCAACCCAGGGAAAAGGACCGUGAGCGAAGGCACAGAGACCGUGGAAAAGAGGAGCGGCUGAGGUCUGAGGACCGUCCGAGGAGGCAGGAUGAACGGGAGGACAGGCAGAGGAGGAAAGACAGGAAGGAGAGAGAUGAGUAUGACAGAGAACUGAAGAGAGCGCGAGACAGGGAGGACAAGUACUCGCAGUGGGAACAGCAAGUGAAGGAGAGGCCUGCAAGCAGCAGAGACCAAGGCAGGGAAGGGGAGAGGGCCAAAGGGGCCAAGGAAGGCCAGGAGGAAGAGAGCCAGCAGGAGAGGGAAAAUGGUAACCCAUGGUCCUUGGCAGAAGGUGACCCUGAUAGUCAGAAGAGCAGUCUUGGGAGGGGAAAAGAAAACCCAUCCGAUUCAGAGGAGCUGCCAGAGUUGAAACACAAGACUUCCGAGGAGGGAGCAGAGCAGACUGAGAAACCCCCUGAGAGACCCAACAAGUUUGCAAAGCGUAGCAGCCAGGAGACGGUCCUGUCAGCCAGGGACCGCUACCUGGCUCGGCAGAUGGCCCGCGUGGGCACGAAAUCUUACAUAGAAAAAGAGGAGGAUUAGCUUUCCUUGCAGAGGGAGAACCUCGAAAGGUGGAAGGUGCGCUGACGGGUGAACAUGCCAGGGCAUUGGGGAGUUGCGAUUUGUGGUGGACAUAGUUUUGCUGGUGACCGAGAAAUGACAGGAUAUCUAGCAAGGAAGCCCUUACGUGGAGAAGACGCAAGGAGAGAAGGUCUGAGUUUGUAGCCCAGGUUAAAUGCCUUCCUUGGUCUCUGUUAUCCUUGCCCGUCCUGUAUCUGAUCCCGAUUGAUUCUCUGCAUCUCUGGAACACGGUGAGCCUCUUUGGGGGGACCCUGCCUGGAGUCCCGUCCUAUGCGUAAGAUUCUUAACAGAAGUUUCCUUGAGCGCCUCCUGCCCAGUUCAAGAGCAUAGAAAAGAAGGAGAAAUGUGGAGGCAAUAAGGGACAAGGAAACACAAGCAAGACUGGCUGUGGAAAUCCUUGUUAUUUAGUUUUUUUGGCUUCCGCAGUGAACUGUUUGGCUUUUUGUUAUUUCACCUGUACAGAAAUGUUGAAAUAAAAGGAAAGAGGUGAAUUUUAA